AUGCUUUCAAAUUUAUCUAAAAAUAUUUUUACAACAAGAAUUCAUACAUUACACAUAAGAUUUGCGAGCUCUUUUUCUGACCGACCUACUUUAUUGACAAUUGUAGAUAAAUCUGGAUAUGUCAAAAAGCCAAACAUUGUAAAAAUAGGAACAUUCCAGGGUGCUGGAGGUGGAAAUAUAGAAACAAAGCUAUCAAAUAAGGUAGUGAAAUUCGCAGUAUUUACAAAUUUGGCAGAUUUUGUGGUUAAGGCUACUGCUGCUUAUUUGACUUUGAGAAAUAGAAUUUCUACUAAAGCACCUUGUGCAGACUUUCCAUAUGGCUAUGGAAAUAUGAAAUAUAUAUGUUCUUUAAGUUCUGGAUUUGGUAUUUUGGCAUUUGGUUGUGGUCUUUCAGUAUAUAAUGGAAUUCAAGGAUUUGUAAAUCCUGGUGAGCUUGAAUCGCUCUCAUGGUGUGCUUCCUUUACUAGAGCAUUUUUUGAGGUCCGAAGGCGAGCUAAAAAUGAAGGGCUUUCUGUGAAACAAUAUUUGGUAAGUGCGGGUGCUGAUCCAAGUAUAAAGGUUGUUCUGUUAGAAGAUGCUGCAUCAAUAACUGGCGUUUUGAUUGCUCUUACAUGUGUAUCACUCACUCAUGUGACUGGUACUACAGGUUUUGAUAGUUUUGGUUCAAUAUUGAUUGGUUUAGUACUUGGAACUGCUGCAUAUCAAAUAAUUUGGGCAAAUGCUCUUCAUUUAGUAGGACGGUCAUUACCAGAAAGUAAACAAAGGCAAAUAAUUGCUUACAUGACAGAAGAUCCAAUUAUUAAGAGAAUGCAUGAUGUUAAAGCUACAUAUAUGGAUGUAAAUGAUUAUCGUUUCAAAGCUGAAAUUGAAUAUAAUGGACGUGAAAUUACAAAAUUAUAUUUAAAAGAGGAUUGUAAUAUGGAAGAAUUACAGCAACAAGUCUCAAAAAUUACUAACAAAAAAGAACUUGAAGAAUUUAUGCUUUUGCAUGGUGAAAAACUUAUUGACAAGGUUGGGGAUGAAGUUGAUCGUCUUGAAAAGAAAGUUAGAGAAAAAUACCCAGAGUUUCAACAUAUAGAUUUAGAAUCAUCUUGA